AUGCAGGUAAAAGGCUCUUCAUGUUUGGAUGCUCAAUUAUCCGAUAUUUGCAUAAGUACUUCUGCAGCUCCAACCUACCUUCCAGCCCAUUACUUCAAGACCCAAGAUAACAAAGGGAAUGUUCGAGAAUAUAAUCUUAUUGAUGGGGGUGUUGCUGCAAAUAAUCCGACUUUGGUUGCCAUUAGCGAAGUGACAAAACAGGUCAUUGAGAACAAUCCAGACUUCUUUCCCAUCAAGCCCAUGGACUAUGCUCGAUAUCUAGUAAUUUCAAUUGGCACAGGGGCAGCAAAGAUUGAACAGAAAUACAAUGGUAAAAUGGCUGCCAAAUGGGGAGUUCUAGGCUGGUUAAUUCAUGGAGGUUCGACUCCAUUGGUGGAUGUGUUUACUCAAUCAAGUGGAGAUAUGGUUGAUUUUCACAAUUCUGUGGUUUUCCAAGCACUUCAUUCAGAAGAAAAUUACCUUCGAAUUCAAGAAGACACAUUGACUGGUACAGAAGCUUCAGUUGAUGUUGCGACGAAGGCCAACUUGGAAAAACUGGUAAAAAUAGGUGAAAAUCUACUGAAGAAACCAGUUUCAAGGGUGAAUUUGGAGACGGGACUCCACAAACCAGUUGAAAACGCAGGCACAAAUGAGGAUGCUCUCAAGAGGUUUGCCAGACUACUUUGCAAUGAAAGGAGACUUCGAGAGUUAAGAUCGCCACUGACCAGCAAGGCACUGACCAACAAGGCUCAAGCGUCAAGCCUCAAUGUUGUGCAUCACAUUGUUAUCCCUUGA